AUGGACAACCGCGACAGUUCCCCUCUGCAAACCACUCUCGCAAAACUUCGUAUUCCGGCUGAAUUUGCACGCUAUUCGGCAAUCGCAGAGACAGAGCCCGAGACAAUCCUCCGACUCGAGCGGUGGAAAACUCAAGUAUUGGACGUACUCUCGGACUUGCAAGCUCAGCUCGCACAAGGGCAGUCCCUAUUGCUGAGCGAGAAAGCAGAAGUAGUAUCUACCAUAGCCCCAUGGGACGGCGUUGCUUCAUGGACGCUUGACAGUACGCGGGAGAUUGUUCAAAGCAUUCUGCAUCUCUACGAGGAUUCUGAUCCACCUCUACUGGAACAGAUACUUAGCACUCAUGUUAAGCCUAUCUUCCAAGCCAACGCGCAUCCCUCCUUAAAUCCAUCUACUGGUCGGAUACUGCCCCGCUCUGCAGGCGGCCCCAGUGCCCGGUUAGACUACAUGGAAGGGCAGACCUGGAAGUCGCACCCAGGAACAGUCUAUCUAGUGACAUGGUGCGUCCGACAUUGCACGAGCGCUGCAUACGAAAAACUAUGGCAUCUGAUCAUCCCACCUGUAAUGACCCUCCUGGAUGACUACGAGGCCGCAUAUAAGCUGCACGGUGUACAAAUUGUCUCGGAUAUGCUCCGGGCAGUUCCCGCCGAUCUCCUGCGCCGCACCGGGGUCGACGGCCUGCUAUUUACUUCGCUCACGACGUGCCUCACGUACCUCCACAACCCAGAAACGCCCAGCCUGAUCCGAGCCGCCGUCCCGGCUGCGGUCUCGCUUGUCCUCCUCACUGCGCCCGCAGGCUCCGAAAAGCGAUUCAACCAGCUGUGCGAGAUCCUCGGCGAGGGCAUCAUCGGCAGCAUCUGGGUUUAUGCGACGCGCGAGUCCGAGGCCAUCGAGGCGUCGGUCGACACGCUCCCGACGGUCGUGCGGGCGCUGGACGUCGGUGCCGUGCGUUAUCUAAAGGCUCUCGUUCCGCAACUGGUCUUCCCUCUGCAACCGGCCUCCGGAAACGUGGCUACAAAACGGUUUCAGCUAAGCUCGCUCCACGCACUAGCGGCAGUGAUCGAAGUGUGCGCGCCCAGGAUCCACCGGUGGAAAGGAGCCAUCUUGGAUGGAGUGCUACGCCUUUGGGUCACGCUCGCUGAUACUGGUGUCGAUGAUGAUGACACAAGAGAACUGAAGCACGCGUGCAUGGGUGUGUGCGACUGCCUACUAAAGGCAUGCCCUGCAGUGGCCAAUCUGGAAUACGCUCGGCUGUUAGAUGUGGAUAAGAUGAUGUUCGGACCGCUCGUGAGACAAUCAGGCAAAGGUGACUGA